AUGAAAGUUCAUUAUAUGAAUAUAUUAUUGUUUGCUCUUCCAUUAAAUAUAUUGGAACAUAAUGAAAGGGACCAUAACAACACUACCCUUCAUACAUCAAUUACCAGAUCAUUAUGCGAAUUCGAAUUAUAUGAACCUGCCAAUUAUGAUAAUGACCAAGAAAUGAAAGAAGUAAUGCAACAAUUUGAGGUUCGUACGUCACAAAGAUUUCACGAAUAUGAUGAAAGUUUGCAAAGUAAACGAAAGCAAUGCAAAGAUCAAUGCGAUAAAGAAAUCCAAAAAAUUAUAUUAAAAGAUAAAUUAGAAAAACAUAUGGCACAACAGUUAAGCACAUUAGAAACAAGGAUAACCACUGACGAUAUUCCAACAUGUGUUUGCGAAAAGUCGAUGGCGGAUAAAGUGGAAAAAGGAUGCUUGAGAUGUGGAUGUAUAUUAGGUGCGGCCAUGCCUGAAUUGGGAUCGGUAGGUGGGAGUCUUUUAUAUGCUUUAAAUACCUGGAAACCUGUGGCACUUAAGGCCGCAAUUGCCGCAGCUAACAAAGCAGGUAUGGCAGCAGGUAUUAAAGCGGGUGAUGCUGCAGGUAUGAAUGUAGUUAUUGUACAAUUAGGAAAAUGGGGUAUAAAUGAAUUUUGUCCUGAAAUAUUUGAAUCCAUUCUUAAAAUAAACCAUUAUAGUAAACUCAAAGAUUUUGCUAGUGCUAUUGUUGCAGAACAUGAUAAGAUCUGUGCGAUAACGACAUCUGGUGAAAAUUCUAUGUGCCUACCAUUUGAUAUUGCAUUAGGUCUAAGUGAUGCAAAAGGCACACCAAUUGGUCCUCCAGCAUCUCAAGCUAUACCAAAAAUGAUGAACCAACUUGUUGGAAAAGCUAAAGGUACUGCUGAUUUCAUGGCUAAUAAAGUGAAUUCUGAAACUUAUUCUAAAAUCAUAACUAAACAGGCCGAUUUGAUAGAAGCUGGAUUUAACAGUUGCACAACUUCUAUAUAUGCUUCUAUUAUUGUAAUAUUGAUUAUAGUUUUAAUUAUGGUAAUAAUAUAUUUGAUUUUACGUUAUCGACGGAAAAAAAAAAUGAAGAAAAAACUCCAAUAUAUAAAAUUAUUAGAGGAAUAA